AUGUUUCCUUCUAUUCAAAUGCACAAUACUGAUUGCCACUGCACCAGAUGCAAUAAUAAUGAUCAAGGAGUUUCCCAAGUAUCGAGACGUACUGCUCAGCGUCAUAAUAAAAGAGCUAGAUUUGAAGCUGAAAAGAGAAGCAUGGAAGUAGAUACUGAAAUAAUCCCGAUGUAUCAAUCCGAUUCUGUGGAAGCAAUGGACGGUCAGGCCAACUCACCUAUUUCGGAUGCCGUCUCAACGUUUGACAAUGACGUCUUUGUUGGUAAUGACUACAAUGGUGAUGAGUCUAACACGACCGAUGACAAUGACAGUGAUGACAAUGGCGAAGAAGACACUGCCGAGAUUUAUGUUGAAGAGUUUAACAAUGAGGACCCUUUUGCUGCUUCUGGUAUGCCCGAGAAUCCAGUGCACAGAUUUAUUGCUACUUUUACAGUACUGUUUGCAUCUCGUUACGUGGUCAAUAAGGGUUCUGUUGUCUUGAUUGAGUUCAUCAACGAGCUCUUGAAGAUUUAUGGACAAGAUUUCCAACUUCCCAAAAGUCUGGCUGGGCUACAUAAAAUGACUGGCUUUUUGUCUAUCACCAAAGGCAUCAAGCGAUUUGUGUCAUGUCCAAACUGCCAUUGCAUCUAUGAAGAAAACAUGUCCGUACCUCCCCAUUGUGUUUUCACAAAUUUUGGUGCAUGCUCUCCUUGUGGUUUACGUGGAACGAUCAUUGAUCCCAUGCAUAAUUUAUUCCUGGGGACGCCCAAGAGAAUGAUGGACCGGUGGGUCGAUAAGAAAACGAUUGGAGCCGAAGAGUUUGCUGCCAUGGAAAAAAUCGCAGAGACAAUGGUCCUUCCGAGGGAUUAUACAAAGCUGACAUUGAAGAUUGGAAAAGGCUUUCCUUACAUGAAAGCCGACGACUGGAAAUCCUGGGUACUGGUGUAUUCUCCUGUUCUGCUGCAUAGUGUUCUACCAUUUGAAAUGUACAACAACUGGAUGAAUUUCGUCCGUGCAUGCCGCUAUCUUAUCAAGCCAAGCAUCACAUUUGAUGAAGUGAACAGCGCCCACGACUAUCUGGAAAUGUUUUGCAAAAAGGCUACCAAACUCUACACUCCCACCAUCCUCACCUGCAACAUGCACCUGCACCUCCACCUUCGCGAGACCAUUCGUGAUUUUGGACCCGUGUAUGGUUACUGGCUCUUUGGGUUUGAGAGAUACAAUGGCCUGUUGAAGCAUAUAAAGACAAACGGAAAAGAUAGUUUUGAGGCAACAUAUAUGAGAAGUUUUGUUCAAAACGCAUUCAAGGGUGACUAUGCCAAUGCUGUUCUGAAAAGUUCUAGCCACGUCCCCUUUUUCAACAUUCUCUCAAAGCUUUCUCCGAAAUUCACACCUACCACCACAGUCAUUACUCUCUCCCCCCAUCCAUUCCGAUUGCAAUCAUUCUUACUAGCACUGCAAAAACAGAUCAAUUUCGCAUAUGUAAAGUAUACCUAA